AUGUUCGUCAAAUCCGAGACUCUGGAGUUGAAGGAGGAAGAGGAGGUGCUGAUGCUGCUGGGCUCGGCUUCCCCGGCCUCGGCGACCCUGACUCCGACGUCCUCCAGUGCGGACGAGGAGGAGGACGAGGAGCUGCGGCGGCCUGGCGCCGUGCUUGGGCAACGUGGGGCGGAACCCGGGCAGGGGGUGCAGGGCAGUCCGGCGUCGAGUGCUGGGGGUUGCCGACCACCGCGGAUGCUGGGCUUGGUGCAUGAGUGCAAGCGGCGCCCCUCGCGCGCCCGGGCCGUCUCCCGGGGAGCCAAGACGGCGGAGACAGUGCAGCGCAUCAAGAAGACCCGCAGGCUGAAGGCCAACAACCGCGAGCGCAACCGCAUGCACAACCUGAACGCGGCGCUGGACGCGCUGCGGGAGGUGCUGCCCACCUUUCCGGAGGAUGCCAAGCUCACCAAGAUCGAGACGCUCCGCUUCGCCCACAAUUACAUCUGGGCGCUCACCGAGACCCUGCGCCUGGCGGACCACUGCGCAGGCGCCGGUGGCCUCCAGGGGGCGCUCUUCUCCGAGGCGGUGCUGUUGAGCCCCGGAGCCGGGCUCAGCGCCAGCGGGGACAGCCCUUCGCCCUCCUCCUCCUCCUGGAGCUGCACCAACAGCCCUGCGUCGUCCUCCGCGUCCUCCACCUCCACGUCCCCAUACAGCUGCACUUUGUCGCCCGCCAGCCCCGGGUCAGAUGUGGACUACUGGCAGCCCCCACCUCCGGAUAAGCAUCGUUAUGCACCUCACCUGCCCGUCGCCAGGGACUGUAUCUAGAGCCGCGAACCUCCCCCACCCAAAACGUCCUCUACCUGGCCCUCCUCCCCCAUCCUCCUCCUGUCCCCACCCUCCAGGCCGUGAACUCCGCUUCACAGAGCAGAGGUAGCCCUGGCAAUCGAUCCUCGGCGGCGGCUGGUGCAUUCAACUGUGGGCUAACUUCACACAGACCGUCUCUGAUUUAUUGAAGAUGUGAGGAUUUAGGGUCAAAGAGGAUUGUGGCGUGUGGGCUU